GCCCAAGGUAGCCCAAUGAUGGAUUUUGAUGAGCGUGGUCCCUGCUCCUCUAACAUGUAUUUGCCAAGUUGUACUUACUACGUCUCGGGUCCAGAUUUCUCCAGCCUCCCUUCUUUUCUGCCCCAGACCCCGUCUUCGCGCCCAAUGACAUACUCCUACUCUUCCAACCUGCCCCAAGUCCAACCCGUGCGCGAAGUGACCUUCAGGGAGUACGCCAUUGAGCCCGCCACUAAAUGGCACCCCCGCGGCAAUCUGGCCCACUGCUACUCCGCGGACGAGCUCGUGCACAGAGACUGCCUGCAGGCGCCCAGCGCGCCCGGCGUGCCUGGCGACGUGCUGGCCAAGAGCUCGGCCAACGUCUACCACCACCCCACCCCCGCCGUCUCCUCCAAUUUCUAUAGCACGGUCGGCAGGAACGGCGUCCUGCCCCAGGCUUUCGACCAGUUUUUCGAGACGGCCUACGGCACCCCGGAAAACCUCGCUUCCUCCGACUACCCCGGGGACAAGAGCGCCGAGAAGGGGCCCCCGGCGGCCGCGGCGACCUCCGCAGCAUCAGCAGCGGCGGCGGCGGCGGCGGCGGCGGCAGCGGCCACGGGCGCGCCGGCAACUUCAAGUUCGGACGGCGGCGGCGGCGGCGGCGGCGGCUGCCGGGAGGCGGCGGCGGCCGAGGACAAGGAGCGGCGGCGGCGGCCCGAGAGCAGCAGCAGCCCCGAGUCGUCUUCCGGCCACACUGAGGACAAGGCCGGCGGCUCCAGUGGCCAACGCACCCGAAAAAAGCGUUGCCCCUAUACCAAGUACCAGAUCCGGGAGCUGGAGCGGGAGUUCUUCUUCAGCGUGUAUAUCAACAAAGAGAAGCGUCUGCAGCUGUCUCGAAUGCUCAACCUCACCGACCGGCAAGUCAAAAUCUGGUUUCAGAAUCGAAGGAUGAAGGAAAAAAAGAUUAAUAGAGACCGUUUACAGUACUACUCGGCCAACCCACUCCUCUAA